AUGGCGGGCGAGCUGCGCCGCCUCCUGAGGCUGCACCGCACCGAGAUCGCUGUGGCUGUGGACAGCGCCUUCCCGCUGCUGCACUCGCUGGCCGACCAUGACGUGGUCCCCGAGGACAAGUUCCAGGAGACCCUGCGCCUGAUGGAGAAGGAGGGCUGCCCCCAGGCCGUCCACGCCCUCCUCUCCUGGCUCCUCACCCAGGACUCUGCUGCCAUUCUGGAAUUCUGGAGAGUCCUCUUCAAGGACUACAACCUAGAGAAAUAUGGCCGGCUGAAGCCCAUCCUGGACAGCUUCCCCAAAGAUGUGGACCUCAGCCAGCCCCGGAAGGGGAGGAAGCCCCCUGCCAGCCCCAAGGCCUCAGUGCUGCCUCCCAGACCCCCCACCAAGAGGAAGGCCCCAGAAGAGCCUCGGGCUAUCCCACCAGUGGCCCUGAUCCCAAGAGGCACCUCCAGCCCAGGCUCUCAAUCAAAACUCAAGCCCCCCAAGAAGUUGGAGAGCAACACAGAACCUCAGCGCCUCCCACUGGGGAAUGGGAUUCAGACCAUGUCAGCUUCGGUCCAGAGAGCUGUGGCUGUGUCCUCUGGAGAUGUGCCAGGGGCCCGAGGGGCUGUGGAGGGGAUCCUCAUCCAACAGGUGUUUGAGUCAGGGGCCUCCAAGAAAUGCAUCCAGGUUGGUGGGGAGUUUUACGCGCCUGGCAAGUUUGAAGAGCCAGGUGCUGGGAAGAACAAGGCCCGCAGCAGCGGCAGCCUGAAGGCCCUGGUCCGAGCCAAGGGAGCCCAGGGCGCUGUCCCUGGUAGAGGUGACCCAAGGGUAAGCCAGCAGGGCAGGGUCCCCGCCCCUCCGGCCCUCUCCAGUGAGCCCCAGCUACACCAGAAGAAUGAGGAUGAAUGUGCUGUGUGCCGAGACGGCGGGGAGCUCAUCUGUUGUGACGGCUGCCCUCGGGCCUUCCACCUUGCCUGCUUGUCCCCACCGCUCCAGGAGAUCCCUAGUGGGACCUGGAGGUGUUGCAGCUGUCUCCAGGGAGGAGUCCAGCAGGGCCUGCCCCAUGCAGAGGAGCCCCAGCCUCUAAGACUGCCUGUGGAUACCCCGGUGCCCCUGGGGCUAAGGCCAGCAGAAGAGGAGGCGCCGGGCCUGCCCAGGGAGCCUGCAGCCAGUGCUGACACUGCUCUCCCCUACAAACACUUGCUAGCCCCACCAUCAGUCCCCCCGCCCAUGCUGGAGUCCUCGGCCCUGCGCCCUCUGCUGUGUGCGGGCCCUGAGGGGCAGCAGGGCCCGGCUCCCGCGCGGUGCGGCGUGUGCGGGGACGGUGCGGACGCGCUGCGGUGCGCUCACUGCGCCGCUGCCUUCCACUGGCGCUGCCACUUCCCGGCGGGCGCCGGCCGACCCGGGACCGCCCUGCUCUGCAAAUCCUGUUCCGGAGACUCAACUACGGUUCCGGGAGAGGGCGCUCCCGCCCCGACCGCCGCCAGCUCUGCCCCUGGGCCGACCAAGGAUAAUUCUGCUGGUCAUGAGCCCAUCCUGCACAGGGAGGACCUGGAGUCCCUCCUCAGCGAGCACUCCUUUGACGGCAUCCUGCAGUGGGCCAUCCAGAGCAUGUCCCGCCCACUGGCUGAGGCACCCCCCUUCCUCUCCUGA